AUGCAAGGUCUAAAUGAUAGAUUAUCGUCUUAUAUGGGAGAGAUAUAUUCACUUAAACAAGAAAAUGCUCAACUGAGGAAGGUGAUCAAUGACUGGCAGGAAAACAACUCUCUCUUUAUCUUGCCCACAGACCAAAGUCAACACUCAAGGGAUAUUCAAGAGCUCCAGAAUCAGAUCUCAUCAAUCAUCAAUGAAAAUACAAAAAUUGUCCUACAGAUCGAUAAUUGUAAAUUGGCUUCGGAUGACUUUAAAAACAAGUAUGAGAUAGAGCAUAAUCUGCGAACUAACGUACAGGCUGAUGUGACGGCUUUGCACCACACUCUGAAGGGGUUUAAAGAAGAUAUAUGUAAACUGGAAUCUGAGGUUGAAAGCCUUGAAUAUGAGCUGUUGAGGAUGAGGAGGGAUAAUGAACAGGAGAACAAUUUUUUGUCUACUCAACUUGGUCUCAGAGUUAGUGUGGAGGUGGAAGCAGCCAAAUCCAAAGAUUUGACCAGAGCAUUGCUUGAUUUUCAGGAGCAGUAUGAAAAUCUGAUUGAGAGCAACCAGAGAGAAGCAGAGAGUCUGUUCUUAAAAGUGCUUCUGACUGUAGGUUAG